AUGGACGAGGCUGUUUUAAAACACCUCCAGCGCGUGCCAAAUUUGGAACAAGUGGUUGUCCGGAAAAACGACGGCAUAAAAGAGAAGCUGGAUGUUCUGCUGUCCAAAUGCCAGCAGACACCGGCAAAUAUCGUGUUGAUGGCAGAGAACGAAGGAAUACAAAAACUGCUUACAAUCGUGGAAAUCAUGAAAAGAAAACACCCAACACAUCGGCAAUUCAACAAGCUGACCUACAGGGAGAAGUCUAGAGAGGCCUCUGGGCCGCAGGACGAACUGCGGCUGCUAAAACCUAUAAAAAUGCCUAUUCUUUACAUCUACCUCCACAUCGGCACAGACGACUCGAAAACUAUGGAUAUGGACGAAUUGAGGUCCCAGCUCGCAGAUGCCAACUGGUCGUGCCAGUCUGGCUCAAACUAAUAUCGCAUGAUCGAAAUGUAUAUUCUUGUCUAUACCGUUUUUAUUGCCUACUCCUGGGAUCCAGAUUGUGGUUGUGCACUCGUCUGGAAUUUGUCAACGGAGAGGUCACCUGGGAAAGUACCGUUGGCCCUUUGCUCAUCCCACUCAUCAAUCCACGAGGUUGGGCACAGGGACUGGAAAGUGGACAGGAACACUUUGCAUGGUGCAAAGUCCUCACCCUUGAGAGCAACACACUUGUGGUAGUCCAGGUAGGAUUGGUAGCAGUGCUUGGUCUGGUUUUGUUGAGGGAAUCUAGCGUCGAAGCCCGGGGUUUUGAGUUUGUAUUGUGGUUCGCUCAUGAUGCAGUCUGUUGAUUGAGGAAUGUAUGGGGCGAUUUUAGAAAAAAAUUUCCAGCUACGGGACGCUUCCCGCGAAAAUUGCCUGUUCACUAGCAUCUUAUUUUUACACUAUUUCAUUGGC